UGGCCUCUGGUUCCUUUCCCCUAAAUUACAUCACGCCUCAACACAUCGUGUAUGACAGCAUAGCUGCGAGUUCAUAAACACACACAAACCAACUUCCUGGAAGCUAUCGCGAGAGCCAUAGUUACUACAUUUCCCAGAAACCUCUAGGCAGCAAUGGCCCUGGGGGGUACACGAAAACUGGCUGCGUCCUCCGACGGGAAUUGUAGUUCCGCGCUGCAGCGCGUCCCCGGUGGACUUCCGGUCUGUGCGUCCGAUUUAGGCGCCCCGUGGAGAACUUCGGGAAUCGCAGUCCGGUGCGCACAGGUCGCCGGGAGCUGUAGUCCGUCCCGCCUGCCCAGUCAGCGUGGUUACCACCCGACGGCUGCUCAGGGAAUGCGAAAACGGUCGGUCCCAGGGAGCAGAGAGGCUGACGGGGCGACCAGAAGAGACCCUGUUACCCAGAGACGAGAAAGGAGGGGUCCUCCAUUACUAGCAGGAGCCGAGGAGGGUAUGUCUCAGGCCCCGGAAGCGCGGCCGAGCCCACCCUCAGUGUACCACGAACGGCAGCGACUAGAGCUGUGCGCCGUCCACGCUCUCAACAACGUCCUCCAACAGCGGCUCUUUAGCCAGGAGGCUGCAGACGAGAUCUGCAAGAGGCUAGCCCCAGACUCCCGGCUGAACCCCCAUCGCAGCCUCCUGGGCACCGGCAACUAUGAUGUCAACGUGAUCAUGGCUGCCCUGCAGGGCCUGGGCCUGGCCGCUGUGUGGUGGGACAGAAGGAGACCACUGUGCCAGCUGGCCCUCCCCAAGGUGCUAGGCCUGAUCCUGAACCUGCCCUCUCCUGUGUCUCUGGGGCUGCUGUCCCUGCCUCUGCGCCGCCGGCACUGGGUGGCCCUGCGCCAGGUGAAUGGCGUCUACUAUAACCUGGACUCCAAGCUUCGGGCACCUGAAGCCCUGGGGGACGAGGAUGGUGUCAGGGCCUUCCUGGCAGCUGCCCUGGCCCAGGGCCUGUGCGAGGUGCUACUGGUGGUGACCAAGGAGGUGGAGGAGGCCGGCUGCUGGCUGAACACAAGCUGACCCAGUACCUGUGACCAGCUGCCUGCUACCACGGUCCUGAGUGUCCAGUGCCUAGGAGGGGCUUGCACCCUGACCCAAAGUCCUCACUCCCCCACCAUCGCUGCUGCCUCAAUAAAUCUGCUUUUUUGUUAUCUA